AUGUUCAGCAAUGGCCAACUGACUAAUCAAGCCAAUUGUGCUAAUGGCGGAUAUAUUAUCAACGGGCAAUUUGUCACCAGCGCAACAUGUGGACUGCCAUGUGAUGCCUGCCCAGCUUUAACACGCACUGGACUUACGUGCCCAAGUGGUGCCACCUGUACAACGGUGUCUCUACGUAAUGGCCAAUGUAAGGAAGCAUUUUGUCCUGAUGGUGUAAUGACUGCUGAUGGAGUACAAGUGACUUUCUUGACAUGUAAUCGUGAAGGUCAAUGGGUUGACGGUGCAGGAGUCGUUUACACAGCUGCACAGUGCGAAAUAUCUUGUGCGAACUGCGCAGCUUUAACCAAUAAUGGCAUGCCAUGUCCAACAGGGCGAAUUUGCGAGCUUACUGCUGAAAGACAAGACGUAUGCAAAGAACGUUUCUGCCCUGAAGGUGCAAUGACAGGAAAUAUAGCUCGAACGGCAUUGACAUUGUUGACAUGCAAUGAAAUGAGUCAGUGGGUUGAUGCUCAAAAUGCUGUUUAUACUACUGCACAGUGCGAAAUUCCUUGCGAUCAGUGUACAGCAUUAGGAGUUGGAACAUGUCCUACAGGAUUUGUAUGUACUGCUGUCGUCACGGAAACAGGUAAGCACGGUUUUGCUUUCAUUUUUUUUUGGACAAAAGCCGUAGAAUUAGCAGAGCAGGAAAGCUUGAAAGCAGCGAUGCAUCAGCAACAGUCUAUGCAUUGUUCUGCUAGAUUGUCAAAUAAGUUUGCACCGUUUUUUUUCAAAUGAAU